AAGUACGACAAAAGGAGGAUUCAUCAUCUGUGAAUCAUUCCUAGAAGAAGCUAGAAUGGCACCUGCUCGGAGGACAGGCGAGGCCCCUUCUGGACUGCAGGGGCCAGCGCCUACUCCGCGCACCAAACAACGGCCGCCGCCGCCGCCAUUUUACCUACCAUUGAACAUCGCACUCUACCUUUGCAUCAUCACCAAUGUGAUUUCAGCCCUCUACGCGCCGAUACAGGAUUGUGACGAAGUCUUUAACUUCUGGGAACCAACACAUUAUCUCAACCAUGGAUAUGGGCUUCAGACGUGGGAAUACUCCCCGGUGUACUCGAUCCGAAGCUGGCUGUAUGUCUCUACUCAUGCUCUGGUGGGCAAAAUCGGAUCGUUUGCUCUCAGCAGCAAGUCUGCAGAGUUCUAUGCGAUCAGAUGCUUCCUUGCGCCGGUGUGCGCUGCUUGCGAGACCCGUCUCUACUCCGCCAUCUGUCGCACCUUGAGCCCCCGCAUCGGCCUUCUCUUCCUCCUGGUCGUCGCAUUCACCCCGGGCAUGUUCCAUGCGUCAACCGCCUUCCUACCAUCUAGCUUCACCAUGUAUAUGUCGAUGCUGGGUCUGACGGCGUUCUUGGAUUGGCGAGGUGGUCAGAAAACGGCGCAGGGAAUCAUGUGGUUCGGGCUCGGGGCGAUUGUCGGCUGGCCGUUUGCUGGGGCUCUCGUGCUUCCUCUUCUACUGGAGGAGGUGGUCAUCGGUUUGUUGUCGUCAAACAUGCGAGGGAUGGUCCUAAGCGUUCUGGAUGGCGCGAUGAGGUGUCUGCUAAUCCUGGCUCUUGAAAUUGCUGUAGACUACGCUUUCCUGCGUAAACUUGUCAUUGUACCCUGGAACAUCGUUGCGUACAACGUUUUUGGCGGAGAGGGCAGAGGUCCCGAGAUCUUCGGGGUUGAGCCUUGGACCUUCUAUAUCCGGAACUUGCUGCUCAACUUUAACAUCUGGUUUGCAUUCGCUAUGGCCGCUGCGCCGCUGCUUGCCCUUCAGGCGCUCUUCCGCCCCAAGGCGACUAGUGUGCAGACCUUGCUCAGAACCGUGACGCUUAUCACCCCGUUCUACAUGUGGUUCGCCAUUUUCACUGCUCAGCCGCAUAAGGAAGAGCGGUUCAUGUUCCCGGCAUAUCCAUUCCUCGCGCUCAAUGCGUCCAUCGCCUUCCACUUGAUUCUGUCGUUCGUUGGCUCCAGUAACCCCAAUGUGUCAGCUGGGAGUAUGUUACCGAAGAUCAAGCUGGCAGUGAUCAUGUCAAUAAUCCUCAUGGCCCUCAAUUCUGGCCUCCUGCGGAUUGUCGGGAUCAUGAGCGCCUACAAUGCUCCGCUGAAGGUAUUCGAACCGUUGGCACAGCCUGGAGUCGCCCAACCAGGCGAUACGGUGUGUUUUGGCAAGGAGUGGUACCGGUUUCCCUCGUCCUUCUUCCUCCCCAGCGACCUGCGGGCCAAAUUUGUUCGCAGCGAAUUCCGAGGACUGCUUCCGGGUGAGUUUCCCGAGGCUGCGGACUUCUCUGCGCUCUUUGAAGGGACGUCGCGGAUUCCUACGGGCAUGAACGAUCGCAAUGAAGAAGAUCUCGGAAAAUACACCGACCUCUCGCAAUGUUCCUUCCUGGUAGACUCGGAGUUCCCGAGCCGAAAGGCCACCGAGCUGGAGCCGGAUUACAUUCACGAGGACACGCAGUGGGAGCAGCUAGCGUGCCAUAGCUUCCUGGACGCAUCCCAGACGGGUCUUCUGGGGCGGCUGAUCUGGACUCCGGAUUUGCCAAUCACCCCAGAGCCUCUUCGGCGGAAAUGGGGCGAGUACUGUCUGCUGCGGAGACGCGGCGACGUCACAACAAACGCUGCAUAGGUUGGCUAUGGAAACGUGGGGUUCAAGCUACUGUACAUAGAUAUCUCCCCCGGUUACCCUUGUUCGUAUGGUGGAUGCGCGCCUGCAGAGGAGAAGAAGUCAUGCUGCAGCCGACGCUCGAAGGAGCUUGGCUGGCGGUGUGGUGGCCUUGCCGGAUUGGGGAAAGAUAUCCUCGGAUGAUAAGAAUGUUUGCAGGUAAUGCAGCGUCAAUCAAUCCCGCUGGCUGUUAUCUCAAAC